AUGGCAAGCCCCCUUACAAUUGAGGAGAAGUAUUCCCUCAUCACUCGCCGCACGGAAGUUCAGAACGGUCAAUCUGCCCAAGAACUGCAAUCGCUUCUAGUCCGAGACAAGGCUAUAAAAUUCCAAUGGGUUACUGCCCCUACUGGAAAGCCGCACAUCGGCUACUUUAUCCCUCUUAUAAAGUUCGCUGAUUUUAUUCGUGCUGGAGGCGAGGUUAUCGUUGAAUAUAUUGAUGUGUAUGCGUUUUUGGUCAACUACAAAUUCCCGUGGGAUCAAGUUCAGCAUCGAGCUACGUAUUACAGAUCGAUAAUCACGGCAGCUCUCAAAGCUAUAGGUGUACCAUCUUCCAAAGUUUCAAUGGUGCAGUCUUCUUCAUUUCAAGGUACUCAUAAGUUUUGCUUGGACUUUUGGAAGCUCUGUGCAUUGUGUUCCCAGCAGGACUCUCGUGACACAGGAGCUGAGGUUGGAGCUUCGACAAUGCUAAGCCCGAUGCUCACUCCACUGCUCCAGGAGCUUUCUGAAGAACACCUUGAUGUUGAUGUUCAGUUUGGUGGCAAAGACCAGCGAGGCAUCUUCAACCUCGGAGAACAGUUCCUUCCACAGCUCGGCUAUGCAAAGCGUGUACAUCUUUUAAACGAGAUGCUACCCAGCCUUACAGGUGGAAAAAUGUCGUCUUCCCACCCUGCACACACGAAGAUUAUGUUUUUGGAUGGCCCUGAAACCGUGAAGGAAAAAAUUGCUGGCGCUACUUGCAUGGCGGGCAUUAUAGAAGGGAACGGCAUUUUACCGAUUGUGCAGCAUAUCCUGAUGCCGAUCAGCGAAUUCCGGCUGUUCAACCAUGAAAAUGCCAAAGAUUCUGCCCAUCAUGGGCCGAAUGGGGUCAAUAGCCAAGACCUGCUUUGUGCCGUGAAUGCCCCAGAUGGAACUCUGUUUAGCGUUCGCAUUCCUGGUGCAGACACUGUUUAUAACUCCUACAAACAUUAUCGAAACUAUACGGAUCUUGAGCACGACUUUGCUAGCCAGAAGAUCUCCCCAGACGCGCUCCGAGAAGCUGUUUCUUCGGGACUAAAUCAGGUUUUGAAGCCAAUUCGUCAAAUAUAUGAAGCUAGCGAUGAAUGGCUUCAAUCUGAUGCCAAGGGGUACCCUGAAGAUUGGCCAGCGACCGAGAAUGGCAACGGAGAGAAGCUUUGA